AUGGCAUAUUGGGGUGUCGCCUACGCUUCCAGGCCCAACUACAACAACGUCUGGGCUUCGUUUGACCAGAAAGACCUGAUGCAAUCGGUUGCCACAAGUCACGACCUCUCUCGCGAAGCAAUGAGACAUGUAGCCCAUCUCACGCCAAAGGAGACCGCCCUCUGCAAUGCGAGUCAAUCUCGAUAUCCGAGUCGCGACAUCCCGUUCGAUUUUGAAACCUCCAACCGAAGCUACGCCGAGACAAUGAGAAAGGUCUACGACGAGUUUGGGCAGGAAGAUCUUAAUGUCAGAUGUCUAUUCACUGAUGCUCUCAUGAUGACGGCGCUCAGAAAAAUAUUUGACACACACACCGGCCGGCCUAUUGCUGGACGGUCUGAAGAAUCCAACUUACGAGAGCAUCCCGGUAUUUUGCACUUAUACAUACACCACAUGGAAAUUUCUGCCAAUCCUGCCGUCGCGCUGCCUGCGGCCGACUUCUUGCGGCCACUAUGUCCCGACGGUGCCCAUCUGAAGCAUAUGCCCUCUCAUCUCGAUGUUCUCGUGGGAGGCUACAGGCGUUCGAUCGGGAGCAAUCUUGAGGCUGUCAAGGCCGAUGAAAAGUUUCGGGUACGAUCUGGUGGCACAGGAUUCUACACCUUCUACCGGCUGCAUGAUUAUCACUCUCUCAUCUACGCAGCAAUGUUGGCUGGUCAAAGCCGUGUUGCUCUGGAGGCCGUCGAAGGCAUGGAAGCCUCUAUCACAGAUGAUUUGUUGAGGACAAAAUUACCUCCUUUGGCGGACUGGAUGGAGUUUUUCAAAUCUGUCCGCUUGCAUGUGUACAUCCGGUUCGAUUUAUGGGAUGCUAUCAAAGCUUACGAGCUUCCUGAAGACCAAGAACUUUAUUGCGUAGCGACAACGUUCGCCCACUAUGCCAAGGGUCUGGCUUGGGCUGUGUCUGGACACCUAGACAAAGCCGACAAGGAACGGACGCUGUAUCAGGCCGCUGCUACCCACAUUCCACCGUCGCGGAAAGAUUUCCCGAACACAAUCAGUGACGAGCUCAGGAUAGCCACUGCCAUGCUGGACGGCGAGAUCGAAUAUCGCAGAGGGAACUAUUCCGUGGCAUUCAAACGCCUGAGAGACGCGAUCCACUACGACGACACACUCUUAUAUUCCGAACCUUGGGGUUGGAUGCAGCCGACUCGACACGCCUUCGCAGCCCUUUCGCUUGAACAAGGCAACGUUGAGGAUGCAUUGCAGGCAUAUGUCGAAGACCUGGGACUGGACGACUCUUUGACCAGAGCCCAUCAGUAUCCAAACAACCCCUGGGCUCUUCACGGAUACCACGAGUGUUUAGUGAGGCCAAGGCGCACAGAUGAAGCACGCAUUAUCAAGAAACAGCUCGACUUUGCAUUAGCCUGGGCAGAUGUGCCGAUCCGGGCCUCCUGUGCCUGCAGAUUGGAUGUGUUGAAGGCAGUGACCGAUGGGUGUUGCCACAAAUAA